GCAAAUCGGAUUGAUAAUGAAUACAUAUGGAAUGAAUAAAAAUUAUAAAUACUGACAGUUAAGAAGUAUGAACUAAUGAUUUGUUGUGAAACAUAUAAUACUUUGAUGGGAAUAAAAAAUGGAUCUUGAAGGACAUUCUGCAUCAAGAAAAACAAGCGAUGGUUUAGAGGAUAAUGAAGUUUGUACAAGUGAGGCAAACACAAUGGUUGGAGUAAUAGAAACAUCAAACAAAACAGAUACUGAAAACAAAGAGAUAGAACAACUUGAAGAAGUUAAUGAUCAAGACACUGUUGAAGAGAAGAAGAACAAAGAAGUUCCUGUUGGUCAGGUAAAUGGUGACAGUGGCAUAUCAAUGGAGAAAUUUGGGGACAGCUCGGAUGAGGAAUCUAGGAAACGCCGGAAACUGAAUGUAGGUGGAAGUAGUACAUCGGAAUCUGAGGACAGUAGCAUGGAUAAUGUGGCAAGGUUUAAUAAAAUUGAAAAAACCAGAGUGAAGAUGCGUAAUUAUCGUAGCAAAAGAGCUUUAACAGAGGAACGCGAGGACAGUUUCAAUGAUAGUUCCGAAGAUGAUUCUGAAGAUGUUGAAAUGAUACAGCAAGAUAAGUCUCCAGCUUGUUUGAAGAAAGAAAAGCCAAAGCCCAAGUGGUUUGCGGUACCAGAACUUAUUUCCCGUGAACAAGGCAGGAAUUCAAUAUUUCAUCGGAGAUAUUAUGGUUCAUUACAUGUCGUGCAACGCUUCGAUCUUAUGUAUAAACUUGAAGGCCAUUGGGGUUGUGUUAAUAGCUUAAAUUUCAAUCAAAGAGGAAAUUUACUAGCUAGCUGUUCCGACGAUUUAGCCGUAGUCAUAUGGGAUUGGGCGGCAGGGAAGAAGCGUCACAUUUUCAACAGUGGUCAUACGAGUAAUGUCUUUCAGGCUAAGUGGUUGCCGUUUGAUGUAGAAUAUUUAAUGACCACUUGUGCUCGGGAUGGACAAGUACGUCUAUUAGAUGUCAGAACCGGUAUAUCACGAAACAUUGCUAAACAUGACGCACCAGCUCAUAAAUUAGCAGUUCAUCCGGAUACACCGUACAUUAUUAUUUCUGCUGGCGAAGAUGCUAGAGUGCUGUCCAUUGAUAUCAGGGAUGAUAAAACAACUGAAUUAGUAGUGGUAAAAGAUGGUGUUGAUGAUGUGGGAUUGUAUAGCGUUCAGUCCAAUCCACUCAAUAGCAAUGAAUUUUGUGUUAGUGGACUAUCUGAAGUAGUUCGAAUAUACGACAGACGAAAAGCAUCCACACCGUUGCACAUGUUGUGUCCUUCACAUUUGAUUGGAAAUUCACGAUGCUUACAUGUCACUUGUGCUGUAUAUAAUCAUAAUGGAACGGAAAUUCUUGCAACCUAUAACAACGAAUUAAUAUAUUUGUUUGAUGCAGUAUCACCAAAACUUGGAGAAUAUGCACAUAGUUACGGUGGUCAUUGUAACAAGCAUACUGUAAAAGGUGUCAAUUUCUUUGGACCAAAAAGCGAAUUUGUUAUCUCCGGAUCUGAUUGCAGUAACAUAUUCAUUUGGGAUAAGGAAACAGAAGCGAUUGUAAAUUUUAUGCCUGGGGAUGCGCAAGGAGUGGUCAAUUGUUUGGAACCUCAUCCACACAUUCCUAUUCUUGCCACAAGUGGUCUGGACUUUGAUGUAAAGAUAUGGGUACCUUCUGCUGAGCAACCCACAACCUUGGCGCAAUUGAGUCUUUUCGUGAAAUAUAAUAGAAGUAGUAGAAUGCAGACUAUUGUACAGGUACUACGGUACAAGAUCUGGUCAAUAUUGCCGCCAAUGGGCUUUGCUGAAAGACGUAAUCCAAAUACUGACGAUGAUGAUGACGACGACGACGACGACGACGACGAAGAUGACGACGAAGAUGAUAACGACAGUAAUAAUCAUCUACACAGAACAGAAAGAGAACAAUGUUCUGCAUUCUAGAGGUAUCGAAGCGGGUAGUUUCGUUUUUCAUGAACUAACAUUUACACAAAUCCUUGGAUACAGUCAUUGAAUGUUGACACCUAUGAUAAAGAUGUACAUAGAAAAUGAACAUAUAGUUCUAUAACCCUUUUUAACUUAUUUUUUG